AUGGCUUAUGCUUCAGUUGUUUCUCUUGCUCAAACUCUAGAGGAACUCAGGACCAGAAUCCCAGGUUUGUUUUCUGACCCAACAAUGAAAUCUUUAGCUGGAUCUCUUGAGUAUUUCAAAGGCUUUCUUGAUGAUAGUAGCAAGAGAAGUUAUCACCAAGAAAAAGUCAAAGUUUCGGUUGGAAAGUUUAGAGAUGCACUAAAUGAAGUUGAGAGUACUAUUGAACUAAAGAUUUGUGAAUUUCACCAAAAGGGAAGUUUGAGUGGCUAUGAAAAAGCAAGUGAAGAUUUAGUAGGAAGUUUAUUACCAGUAGUACAGAAGAUUGAGUUAAUAAGGAAAGAAUUGGUGCUGAGUCUUGAACCUUGUACAAGCCAUGGCCAUGACAUUGAACCUGCUGAAGAUCAUCUCGAGACUCGGGAAUCUAUGCUUGGAAGUCCAUCUAGAAGUAGUUUUACUACGAAUAUGGAGCAUGAUGUUGUGGGUCUUGGUGAUGAUUUGGAGAAGAUCUUAGAGAAACUACUUAGGUCCUCAUCCGAGAGACAAGUUGUCGCAAUCACAGGUAUGGGUGGUAUUGGCAAAACGACACUCGCUAAAAAAGCUUAUGAUCAUCCUCGAGUUAGGUCUCGCUUUGACAUUCAUGCAUGGGUUACAGUAUCUAGAGAUUAUGGAAUGAGAAGAUUGCUGUUAAGUCUCGUCCGUUGUAUUCCAGGUAUGACGGAUAAGUUUCUAGAGAAGACUGAGGAUCAAUUAGCAGAGUUGUUAUAUAGAAAACUGAAGAACCGAAGAUAUCUUAUUGUCAUUGAUGAUAUCUGGAGUACCGAAGUUUGGGAUAAUGUAACCAGAUGUUUUCCGGAUGACGACAAUGGUAGUCGAAUCAUAUUAACAAGUAGGCUUAACGAUGUAGCUGCUUAUGCUAAUCCUGAUAGUCCUUUGCAUGAGAUGGAAGUAUUAAGUUUGGAUGAUAGUUGGAAAUUACUCUCCAUUAAGGUAUUUGGGGCGAACGAUCUUUGUCCUUCUGAAUUGGAGGAUAUUGGGAAGCAAAUAGCAGAAAAGUGUGGUGGACUUCCUUUGGCAAUUCUGGUGGUUGCAGGGCAUCUUUCUAAAAUUGCUAGGAGAAGAGAAAGUUGGAUUAUUGUUGCAAAGACUGUUAGUUCAGUUGUUGCGAACGAUCCUGAUAAAUGCCUAGGAGUGCUCGGUAUGAGUUACAAUUACCUACCGAACCACCUCAAGCCGUGCUUCCUCUCUAUGGGGGCUUUUCCUGAGGACUUUGAAAUUAAAGCUCGGAUGUUGAUCCAAGUUUGGGUUGCUGAAGGGUUUCUAAAAGCCGGAAGGCUCAAGAGCUUGGAAAAAGUUGCAGAAGAGUGUUUGGAGGAUCUUAUUAGUAGAAAUUUAAUUAUGAUUAGAAAGAGGAGGUUCAAUGGCGAGAUAAGAAGUUGUGGGUUACAUGAUUUGUUGAGGGAUUUGAGCUUAAGAGAAGCUCGAAAAGAUAAGUUCCUGCAUGUGACAUCAACUCGAUAUGUCUCAAGUUUUCUAGCACAAAGGACCGAGGUUCGUGGCUUCAGCUUUCUUUCCGACAUUUCUCUAAAUGAUUCUAGUGAGUUAUCACCUCAUGUUGCUCGAUCGAUGUUUCUUUGGGGAAAACAGUUAAUCUCUGCUCCGCUUCAUAGGCAAAUUUCCUUAUUAGCGAGCUUCAAACUUAUCAGAGUGUUGGCAGUUUUUUCUCAUUUGUUUCCUUCAUUCCCAGUUGAGAUAAUGCAACUAAUUCAUCUAAGGUACCUUUGGAUUCGAUCAAAUGGUAAUCUUCCUGCAUCAGUGUCUAGGCUUUAUAAUCUGCAAACCUUGGUAUUUCAACAACCAGAACUACAUUAUAUGUACAAAACUUUAAUUCUGCCUCAAGAGAUCUGGAACAUGACACAGCUAAGGCGUCUGCGUUUACUGAGUGGCAACUAUCUGUCUAAGCCUAAAAGAAGUGCAAAAACAGAUGGUGUUUUGGGGCUAAGAGCUCUGGAGGAACUUUCUCACUUAUGUUUUGCUAGCUGUACAGAGGAAGUCUUUUCCUGCCUUCCCAAUAUACGUAAACUGAGUAUUCUCGAUGCUGCAUCCGAUGAUGCAUUUGAAUGCUUACAAAAUCUGGCCCAUUUAGAGAAACUUGAAACGUUGAAAGGCUAA